AACGGGACGGGUUGUGUCCUGUCUUCAUCAGAGUUUCCUGAAGGAUUUUUUACGCCGCAGGAGCGAAAGGAUGGAGGAAUCGUCAUCUACUUCAUCAUUAUACUUUACAUGUUUUUGGCUGUGUCCAUCGUGUGCGAUGAGUACUUCCUACCUUCUCUAGAGAUCCUCAGUGAAUGCCUUGGCCUCUCUCAGGAUGUUGCUGGAGCAACUUUUAUGGCUGCUGGAAGCUCUGCUCCAGAGCUUGUCACUGCUUUUCUAGGAGUCUUCGUGACCAAGGGAGAUGUCGGGAUCAGCACCAUCCUUGGAUCAGCAAACUAUAAUCUUCUUGGUAUUUCUGCAGCUUGUGGGCUGUUUUCCAGCGUGGUUUCGAAGCUAUCCUGUUGGCCGCUGUUUAGAGACUGCCUGGCAUAUACAAUUAGCAUGGCAGCGGUCCUUGCGAUGAUAUCUGACAACAGAAUUUACUGGUAUGAAAGUGCAUCCUUAUUAUUGAUAUACGGGUGUUACAUUCUGGUAUUAUGUUUUGACAUUAAAAUCAACCAAUACCUCAUGAAAAAGUUCAGUCCCUGCUGUGCGUGUUUUACAAAAGCUAUGGAAGAGAACGCUGAGCAGCAGCCAUUGGUUGGCUGGAGGGAAGAGAGUGGACCUCUAAUCCGUCAACAGUCAAGAACAGAUAGUGGCAUUUUUCAAGACGAGCUGGACUACUCUCAGCUUUCAACAAGCUUGCAUGGGCUUGAUGAAAUCUCUGAAGAUCAUCCAAGUGUCUUCACCAUGCCUGAAGCAGAUAUGAAGAGAAUUGUGUGGGUGUUAUCCCUUCCUAUUAUUACACUACUUUAUUUGACUAUACCAGAUUGCAGAAGACAGUUUUGGAGGAACUGGUUCAUGGUGACAUUUUUAAUUUCAGCAGCAUGGAUUUCUGCCAUAACUUAUGUCCUUGUAUGGAUGGUAACAAUAGCAGGUGAAACACUGGGAAUUCCAGAGUCAGUAAUGGGUCUCACAUUACUAGCAGCAGGAACAAGUGUACCAGAUACAGUUGCAAGUGUGCUGGUGGCUAGAAAAGGAAAUGGAGAUAUGGCUAUGUCUAACAUUGUAGGAUCCAACGUAUUUGAUAUGCUCUGUUUGGGAAUACCCUGGUUUAUAAGAACUGCCUUCAUAAAUACAUCAGGACCCAUAGAAGUGAACAGCAGUGGUUUGACUUACACAGCCAUUUCUCUCAUCUGUUCUGUUGUUUUUAUUUUUCUGGCAGUUCACCUGAAUGGCUGGAAAAUAGAUAAAAAAUUGGGAGCAAUUUGUCUUGCACUGUACUUAGUAUUUACUGUAUUAUCAAUUUUAUAUGAACUUGGCAUCAUAGGGAACAAUCCUACAAGGGUCUGUGGUAACUAGUUUUAAUCAGUGAUUAUACUGAUGAAAAAAAAGAAGAUAAAGAUUCAUUUCUUCAUUUAGUCAAA